AAGACCACGCCCUUCUCUGUGACUCCACCUUCGGCCUCUCUUGUGUUUUCCAGUGAUGGUGUCCUCAGGGCAUCAGAACUUCGCGUCACAGCUGGGGUCUGGCUUCGAGGUCCUUGAUGGGAGAGCAUGAACAGGUGGUAUGUGUGACCCUCUUUUGGCCGGCCUACCCCGAGACCCUGACUACUGUGUAUCUCACUUCUGCCUACAUCCCUCACUGUCUGUCACAUGUUGGCCUGACAACGAGCAGGAGCAGGGGUCCUCCUCAGAGAAGGCUUUGGACUGUAUGACCCACUUCUCCAGGAGCUUGGAAUCUGAGGGUGUGAGCACUGCUUCUGAACAGGCAGCGAGGAAGAGUGUGGGCUGGCCGGCGGAGUGGGACUCAGAACCUCAGCCUCAUGAGGGUACAGCCUGCCCCAACUCAGACCAGUACAAGGAGCGUUGUCAUGACCAAGACCUUGUGAAGAGGAGUCACAACCCAGCCAAGAAGUGUCUGGAGCCCUGCUCUUCUAAAGUAAAAGUUAAGAACAACAUGCUUAUUCCUGACUCUCAGAAGCUCUUGCGGUGUGAACUGGAUUCUCUCAGGUCCCAGCUGCAGGCUCAGACUAAGGCUUUCGAGUUCCUGAACCACUCUGUGACCAUGCUGGAGAAGGAGAGCUGCCUACAACAGAUCAAGAUCCAGCAGCUUGAAGAAGCGGUGAGGCCCCUGAGCCGCCAGGGAGAGAAGGGGAGCUGUAAGUGGAGCAAGGAGCAGUGUCGGCAGCAGGAGCUGUACGGGGCCCUGGCCCAGGGCCUGCAGGGGCUGCAGAAGACAAUGAAGGAAGGUGAGGAGCUGCAACAGGCCCGGACCACUCGCUGCCUGCAGCUGUUGGCCCAGGAGAUCCGGGACAGCAAGAAGUUCCUGUGGGAGGAACUGGAGCUGGUGCGGGAGGAGGUGACUUUCAUCUAUCAGAAGCUCCAAGCCCAGGAGGAUGAGAUCUCAGAGAACCUCUUGCAUAUCCAGAAGAUGCAGAAAACACAGGUGAAGUGCCGCAAGGUGCUGACCAAGAUGAAACAGCAGGUGUAUGAGCCGUCUCCAUGGCCAGAGAGUGAGGAGGUGCCUGCAGAAGGCAGUGGCUGCUGGAGGGAGGAGCUACAGAAGGAGCUGAGAGACAUAUGGUCUGCUGUCCACAGCCUGCAGAACUCUAUCGACAGUCUCGCCUUGUCCAUGGGUACCAGCCCCAGAGCCUCCAGCGUCAGUGGCCGCAAGGGACAACAGUGCAUGAGUUCUCAGUGGCCCUCCUGGGACUCUGAUUCUGACUGGGAGAGACCUUUCAGCAAGAUUGGAUCCUAUGCUCCCGCUUGAGCAGCUGGGACUGCUUGCCCUGAAGACCCCUCCAGAGAGAAAAUAAACUAGCUGAGACCUUCCUCCA